AAGAUGGUCGUGGGACAUGCACCCGGGCUUGCAGAGCUGCUGUAAAAAGCUGCGUGUGUGGAAGACGAUCCUGAACGUUAGUGACGUCAUUUCGGUCAGUGAGCCUCGACCAAAGCGCUCUCGUGCGUCUCCAUAUUGCAACUUACUCCUUUUUGUUUUCUUGUUGUCCCAAGGAAAGAAGAAGAGCACGACUAGGUUUGUGUGAGUGUGAGUGUGUGUGUGUAGUUUUUACGCAGACUGUGAAAUUCGAGCGAUCGUCAUCCAAUCUGACAUUUCCAUAACACGCCGGAUAUAAUGUCCAGCAAAAGGUGGCGCUGUUUGGAUGAAAAUCACAACGAUCGAGAGAGACGCCGUUCGACGGAAGAUGUGGAGCACUCGUCGUCGGACGGCGAAGAUUACGGCGCAAUGGAUUCUGUCAUGUCCGGAGGCGAAGAAACUUCAGAAGCUGGACCAGCGGGAGCCAGUGGCUCUGGUUCACGAGCAUCAAGCAUCCAUCAUCAGCGUUCCAGGCAGCAGGCAGCUGCUGAUAAAAGACGUCGAGGCAACCUGCCUAAAGAGUCUGUUCGAUUGCUCAAGAAAUGGCUUUACGAUCAUCGUUACAAUGCUUAUCCUAGCGACAAUGAAAAAGCCAUCCUGGCCAAAGAAGCCGGACUCACCGUGCUCCAGGUUUGCAAUUGGUUCAUCAAUGCUCGAAGGCGAGUUUUGCCAGAAUUGAUUCGACGUGAAGGCAACGAUCCACAGCGCUAUACGAUUUCUAGGCGAGGGAAGAAACAAGGUGGAAGUCCGUCGAAACGACCGCCAACGUCAUCAAGUUGGUCUGAACAAGAGAAUGAAAAUGAGCAUGAUGUUGAAUCUCACAGAGAGCAACGUGGCAUCGGUAGCGAUGGUGUUGCUUCGAUUGGUCAGAGUAGUAGUGGGGGUGGAGCAGGUGGAGAUUGGUCACCGGAGUCCCAAAGUUGCGGCGACCACGACUACUUUGAAGAUCACCCGUCCAGUGGAUUUGGAGUCGAAUUAGAAGUGGAAAAUGCCGAGUUGGAAACACAUCAUCAUCAUCCGUCCCACACAGCCAGUGCCAAACGCCGAUCGGGACAAACGAUACAACCAACCUCACCAACACCUUGUUCGUCUCCAGCCGUUGUUUGUCCUUGCGGUUGCGGUGACGAGGAAGUAGAACACCGAGAAAACUACGUAGUCAGAAAAGCUCAAACUCAAAUGGAAUCUCUAUGCGAAAUAUCGCGCUGGUUCCGAGAGGAGCAGCAAAAGUCUAAUAAGAAACAAGACGAUGGCGAAGAAACGAUGGAAGAAGAUGACGAUGAAAAACAAUAUUGUACGCGGACAGAGAGUUGCGCUGAUUCUUCAACGAGUUCACGGGACACGUGGACGCCCGUCCAUGUCGAGCCGACAUAUGGACCUUGCCAACGUUGUUAUCCGCGCAACCUGAAAUUUGCUCCGCAUAGCAGCAAUCACGUCACUCCGCCGCCAACGCCUCCCGACGAAAGAGACAAGUUUGAAUGUCUUUACUUGCUGGUCGAUACGGCCAUUAGCCGCAUGGAGAGAGAACGAGGUAGACCUUGGAAGUAAACAAAACAAUGAAGAUUUCUGAGUAGAAAGCAGCCAACGCAGCAGACAACAGUAGUAGUACAAAAAGAAGAAAACAAAAGGAAAAGUCAAAAUAACGCUCUAUUCUCCGGUUCCGAGUCUCCAUGACAUUUGUCGACAUCCUACAACCGAUAAGUACAACUCGAUAUGAAAAGCACGUCGACAGAGGAAGAGACGCACAUUUAGGUCAAUUUGAAUUUUCCCUUACCGAGCGGAUCGCAUCGGAUAAAAGUAGUCCAAAAUUAUUUUUUUUUCUUCUAUGUUUUAAUACUAUUCUCCUGUUUUUCAUCCUCUUCAUCUCUUUUUUGCAUUUAGAAUUCAAUCGACAAAUUUAUUUUAAAUAGCACAAAAUCGCACGCACGGCUCUUGAAACUCGUUCCUCGAGUUUUGAGCAAGUCCCCGGUCGCGAGAGAGGCCAUUUCCCUUUAAAAAAAAAAUCGUUGUCCUGCAGUCGGUCCGUGCCCUUCAUUCUUCUGUCCUGAAGUUCCAGUAUCACUUUUUCCCACCGCCCCAAUUUUUGCGUCUGAGAUUUACCUGGUAGAGUUGUAGUAAAUUGCGUAAUGGUAUAUAGAGUUACUUCAGGUCGUUGGUGUUUCUUUUGGGUUUGCUGAAGGAAAGGAGGCUAUCGUCCGAGCAUUCUUUACAAUAUAUGCGCAGUUACUUAGAAAUAAUUUGUGGUUAAAAAACAUAAUUUAGUGCCAUUUUUUUGUGUCACAUUUUUUUUUUUUUUUUCUCGUCCCCGUAGAAAAUUCACAGAGAAACCAUACACCAAGCUGGCCCAUCCUUUGUUGUCUUUCGGGACGCAAAAUCUAUCAUUUCGUUGAAAUAAUCAUAAUAUCCUAUGUCUGUGCGUUGGUACGAAUGUGGACGAGGGGUGGAUGGGAAUGAAUUUGGCGACAACUAUUGCUCAAACUCAAAUUGAAAAUACAUGCGAGAUAGAGCUUUUGUAUACCUGUAGGCUCGGAGAAACCGGUAGAGCGGAUUAUGAGAGCGAAACCCGAAAAACAAAAACCAAAUUAUUUUGCGCGCACUUUUUUGUUGUUGUUAAUUUACCGUGUGUGCCUUAUCACCUCGACAAAUUUAUUUGGUGUAUCUUUGUAUCUCUCUCAGCUUCUUAAUAUGAUCCUCUAUCGUUUUCACGUUGACGUGUUGCCUUUUCUCUCGCUGUGUAUUUGGCAGUUUGCGCCAGACCCACCUCAUCCCCCCUUCUGAAAGAAACUUAAUCCUGAGUUUAGUGCGUGUUAUAUAUAACCUUUUGUGUGCGUGUGUGUGUUGCCCGCCAGCCCUCCUCUCAGCAAAAAUGCAUCAACUCAGAUUAAAAAAGAAAAAACAUAGUCCUGGAACUGACGCAUCCAGAGAAAAUCUGUCAAUAUAUUUUUAGUACGCGGAAAGAAA